AUGCGGGGACUGAUGGCCAGCAGCUGGAGGAAGUUUGGCCACGCCGGUAGGGGGACAUAUGAGUGGUUAACGAGUGAACCAAGCCCAUCUCUUCUGGAAACCCAGCUGCAGGGCACCCAGAAGAUAAGCUCCACCAAAGACGACGUGGAGCCCUUCCUGUGCAUCCUUCUUCCCGCGACCAUCCUGCUCUUCUUGGCCUUUCUGCUGCUUUUCCUGUACCGUCACUGCAAGAACCCCCAACCCCAAGGGCAGGUUUUCAGCACCGACCCCCCAGCGCACCCUACAGCAGAGGAGGCCACCGACUUCCUGCCGGGCUUCCCCGGGAGAGGAGAGCAGGACUUCCCGUACUCCCCGGUGCCCCGGGAGGCGGCCCUCCUCUCCACGGGCCUGCCCCCCUCCUACGAGGAGGCCACCAGGAAUCGCCCGGGGACGGGGACGGAGGUUCAGGAGGCCGAGGCGGGCCCCCCACCCUGUAAAGAGCGCUCCCCCAGCGGGAGAAGCGGAUAG